AUGGCGAAUACGGCACGAUUACUGACUCUUCGUGCUGAAAAACAUGAGUUGCUUAGGGAAUGCAAGAUAAAAAAUUUAAAAAUUCCCUUGUACGAUGGAACGAUUGAUAAAAUUUUAUUAAAAUCUGGCGUUGAUACAACAGUUAGAGAUGGUACUGAUAGCAGUACUACUGAUGAAACACUGGAAAUCUCAUUAUUAAAAGAAAAAGAUGUAGAAAUCAAUUACGCAAUAUUACCUGAGUCGGUGAAAAAUAAUACGAAAAAAAUUGUGGAAAAUCUUGAAGAUGAAAUGAGUGAUAUUCUUAAAGAGUUGAAUGAAAAGUUUGAGCACAUAAAUGCCAGAACAGAUUUGGAAACAGUCGAUCUGAAGUUGAAAAAAAUACAAAAAGAUUUUAAUGAUAACAUGGAAGAACUAAGUGUAAUGAGAAAAAAAUUUGAUCAAGUGAAGUCAGCUCGAAGCUCUCUAUUUAAAGAAUUUUUGACUGCCUUACAAGCCAAAGUUGAUACGGUUUUCAAAGAGAUAUUUGACAAUGAAUCAGCCCAAGCAUACAUAAUGAUGAGAAACCCAGAUGAGCCGUACCUACAGGGUAUUGAUUUUAGUUGUAUAAUGCCUAACAAGCCAAUGAUACCAAUGGAAAAUAUAUCUGGAGCUGAAAAAGCAAUUUGUGCAUUGUCACUAUUAAUUGGAAUCCACCAGUAA